AUCAGACCGUCGGCUGCCAGAGACUGAAUAACAGCCGCAGCGAUAGGUCGGCGCCCGACAGCGGGCCACUGACAGAGUGCAAUGUUGCGGCGUCCGGUGGGGUAGAGUUUGGUCUGGGUAACGAGGGCCGCAGCCUCAGGAAAGUGCAUCCCGUGAAAGGAUUCUAGUGGUCCUGAGACAUAUGGUGCUUCUCUCUGGAUGCUCUCCACCCACAUCCUAGCUUCAAUCUUCUCCAAGCUCAGUCAGAACAGAACAAUGUUCCUGGUUGGCCUGACCGGCGGGAUUGCAACGGGGAAAAGCACAGUUGCCAAUGUGUUUCGUGAACUUGGAUGUCCUGUUAUAGAUUCUGAUCAGAUAGCAAGACAGAUUGUCCAGUUAGACUCACCUGUGUACUGGGCAAUAGUGAAUUCCUUUGGUCAGGAGAUCCUGCUGGAGGACAGAACAAUCAACAGGGAGAGGCUGGGCAACAUUAUUUUCUCCGACAGAGAGAAGCGGCAACUCCUGAAUUCCAUCACUCAUCCUGCUAUCCACAAAGCCAUGCUCAAACAAGUCAUUAAAUAUUUUAUUCAAGGGUAUCGGUAUGUUAUUCUUGAUGUCCCACUUUUGUUUGAGACUAAAAAAGUGGCUAGAUUCAUGAAGCAUACCAUAGUUGUUUACUGUGACCCUCAAGCCCAGCUGACCCGGUUGAUGCAGAGAAACAACUUGAUCCAGGAAGAUGCAGAGCAACGCAUUAGUGCCCAGAUGCCAUUGGAACAGAAGCGGAUGAUGGCGAGCCAUGUGAUUGAUAACUCUGGCGAUCCUGCCAGUACAUACCGGCAAGUUUGCAAGCUGCACUCUCAGCUAGAAGACUCCAUGGACUUUUUAGCAGUAAGGUUGCUAGCUGUGGUCACUGUCACUGGAUUUGGAGGCCUUUUGUACAUGUUGAUGAAAAGAUGUAUUAUUUAAGGUCUGCUGUGACAUGUGAAAAUCUUUUAGCACUAAAUGGAACAGGUAUAAGUUGGGAGUAGUAAACAGAGAAUGGACGUGUUGCUGCUGAACAAUGUUCAUUUAAAUUCAUUUCUCUUUUGUGAUAGUCAUUUUCUCUCGUCCUAUAUCGCUAUAAGAUUGAAGAGAUUUCUGCACAAAUUAUCAAUAAGCUGCUUUCUGUUUUUGUCAGCUUAUCAGAACUAAAAUGUACGAAUCACGUGAGGAAAUUUCCAGUGCUUUGAGAUAGCUGCAUCAUUAAACUCUGCCGAGUAUACAAGCCUUUAAUUGAAUAUCAAAGACUAUUGUCUGGAUAUGCUUUACUUCCAAGCUCGCAAGAGAUAUUUGUGAAAUUUGACUGUGUAAGUUGCCCAAAAAAUGACCAGAAUAAAUCCAAACUAGACCGAUAUCAAUAUACAAAGUAAAUGUCUAGAUUUCCAACACCACCACACAAUCUCUCUCUUCAGGAGAAAUGUAUUGCUCCAACAUGUUUUUAUAGUGGCACAGUGUGGAUUGCCAUUUCACAAAGUAUGCUAUUCAUUACUGUGAUUUACAACAGUAAAAGCUCCACCUUUUAUUUAAUAAUACCCUGCAUGUUGGACUUAAUUUAUUUGUGCAGGUGAGGUGAGUGAACUUGCAUGAUAGUAGUUAAUAUAUAUUUCGAGGCCUGCACAUUGGGUGCAGAUUUGGAACCUUGAUCAGUGCAAAAUCAAAAAAAGAAAAGUGACUUAAAUGCUGUGUAACUAGGUACGGGACCAACAGUCGGUUCAAUCCUGUAGGUAGUGUAGUGGAAAUGCAUAAUGUAGUGAUAUCCACUUACAAAUAAAUUACCAUGUGGGAUCAUUUGGAAACACCUCUCUUCUGAUUUCUGAUUUAAAUAAAUGACGUGAAAUUUGGUGCAAGGUGUUUGGCAUCAAGAAAUCACAAUUGAUGCAAAAUUGACUUCUUUUGUAGGAGGAAGUGCAAAACGUGCUACCAGUCUGCUGAUUUCUUUUUUCUAUUUUGUCAUUUUUUUAAUUUAAAAUUGAUGGAGAUCGGGUGAAGUGUAAAACGGUUUCCCGAUGUGCUAUAGUUUGCUCUGCACUUUUACUAAAGGCUAGAUUCUCUAAGUUUCCGAAAGCAUUGACAUUAAUUUUUGUAUCUGCAAUGGAGGUGGCUUCUUUUUAAACAGAACUGUUGCUCCUCAAUGAGAAGGUGUCCUUUAAGUAGUGGUAUUACUCUCAUGUCCUUACUCCAGUAAUUAUUACUCUAUGAGCCUUUAUUGUGAUGACCAAUGGGCUCAACUUUAUUGUGAGAGGAUGGUAGGUUUGAUGAGAAGCCAGAUGCACACUUAAGUUUCAUCACAUUUUCCCCAUUAGCAAUGCUUUUUGUAUUAAAAAUUACUCAGUAGAGAUCAUUUCUCCCAUCCCAUUCCACUCUGUCAUCCCUGGGGAGUUGGCAUAAGUGUACGUUUUUUUUUACUAUCAAGUGAAAUUGGCUGAAUCACUGCACAUUUGCUCAAAACAUUUUAAAUAAGAAUAUUUUAUACUUCUCUAGAAUAAUAAGAUUGUAUUAAUUCAUUUCAAUGUUUGUGGGAAGAUAAGAUAAAAAGGCUCACUCACAGGCCAAAAUGAAUGUCUUCUAUUGUUCCAAUACACUCAAAUGGUAUAUCUCCUGAGGGAACGAUGAAUGCCCUUGCCACUUCAGCUUGGGCUGCCUUCUUAGUUUCAGGGUAAUCGACAGAAAUUAAAAUCAAACAUUGGUGCCAUGAAGGUUCACUUUAUGUCCAUCUACUUUAAGCCCCAAGAUGCCCAUGAGCAUAUAGAGACGUGGAUAAGUCUCCCACAUGUGCAUUUUGUGUAAUUGCUCAAAUAGGAAGCUAGUAAUUGAGUUGCUUUCCUUGAACUUGCCUUUGUAAAUGAUGCCUGACAUAUAUAAAUAAACCAGCAUUGCCCUGCC